UGUUAAGCUUAAUUCCGGUGGUUUAUAAGGGCUAAGUCAUUUUUAAUGAUCAUUUUUACAGAGAAUCAAGUGAAUAUCAAAGUCAAAGAGAUGGGAAGCAAGAAUUCGAAAGGCUCUUCUACAACCAACCCGAAAGAUGAGAUUGUGGUUGCGCCUCGGCCUCAGCAGCAGCCGCAAUCACCGCUAUUGAUCCGGAAAUCGCAACCGCAACAGCCAUUACCACCAGCUUCAUCAGAGAUGCCGCUUCUCUAUCCGUGUUACAAAAGAGAAGACUAUGAGAAAAUGAGCGAAGAGAAAAUCGAUAUGCUCCUAGCGACUUACGGAAUCAUGACAGUGCCCGGCGAUUUGGCUUACAAGAGAGAAUUUGCUUUCAAGACCUUCGGUUGGGAUCAUAACAAGAAAAUGCCAUGAAUCUGUAAGUCUGACCAGAUAUAUUUUGGCGAUUUAAUUGUUGUAAAGUGUAAACAGUCACCCCAAAUCGUAACAAGUAACAACUACUUGUAUAUAUGAUGAAGCUAACGUUUUAUGACUGGACCAAA